UGAAGCCGGUUGAAGUGGCGGCGGGGUUCGCUGCUCGGGGCUCGCGGGCCGGGGGAGGGGGGAGCGCGGCGAGGAAGAAGGCCGCCUCGCGCGCGCGCCAUGUACCAGCGGAGCCCGAAGGCGGCCCUGCGCGUGGGGGCCCGCUGCUCCUGGCGGUGGGACGGCGGCACCAGCCCGUUCCGCCUGGGCCAGGGCGAGUCGGCGCGCUGGUGCCACCCGGUGCGGUUGCGGCAGCGGGAUGUGGCUGCCUCCUCGGAUAAAUUACCUCCUGAGCUUGUCUCUUCCACAUCAGUAAGACUGACUUUUCACUCCCUAUUCUCUAAGAAGCUGACAGAAGCUGCCCCUCGCCAUCCGGCUCUGCCUCAACCUUCUGUAGAAAACUGUACUGUAAUCAAUUAUGGACUGAAAUUCAGCAGCCCGGAGACUAGGCCCCUUUUCCAGCCAACUGUUCCCUCCCCUCCUGAAAGCAUGGAAGAUGCCAUCAUUUUGGAGAAUGGGAGGCGAGAGGAUAAUCUAAGGGUACGACCUAGAGAAGGACUGAACAGUACUUCUUUAGACUCUUUGUAUAAUCUCUUUCAUGGCUGGCCGUUGCCAUCACCUUACCAGACGCCUGAGGCAGCACCCGCAUCCCUCGCGCCUUUCCGAGCCACAUCUGGGGCUCCCUCCCCGGUCACUUCUCCUACCAGUAAUAACCGCGACAUGGAGGAGCAUCUCGAAGUCAUGCAGCAGAAAUUACGGGAAGAGUUACCAGCCUUUUUUUUGAAGUCUCAUGAUUAUGAAAUGUAUUCCCAGGACGUAGAAUUCAUCAAUGAGAUUCUGCAUAUGAAAACACGUGGCCUAACGAUAUAUCGAAUGGCGGUUGUGUUGUGCCGUUUUGUGGCCUGGAACUAUUUUAUUCAUAUGCACCUUGAGGUGAUGAAGGUGACACAACAUCCGGAGAACUGGAGCAUCCAAGUGCGGUGGCGGAUUAGAGGACUGCCUUUCCACAUCUUCCUGAUGCGUUUCUUCAGGAAUAAACCUGAAUUUUACAGAAUUUACGAUGCCUAUUCCACUUUCUUCUUAAACCCACAAGGUUUAAUUAAGUGUCACAGAGUAAGCAAGCUCAUGCCCUCCCAGCCACUUCAGAACAAGCUGAAAAACCUUGCCGUAGCCUCUUUGCUGGGCCUGGAGCUAUCAGACCAGAGGCCAUCACUUUUGCCGUGGCUAGUUAACAGCAAGGGGCAUCAAGAGACUGUAGGGGAUAGUUAAGCCUUGCCCCUCUUGUCAAUACCUCUUUUGGUUCAUCUGCCUGUAUGGUAAGGAGGAUGCCACUGAACAACCCAUUGUAUAGCUGUGUUUCUUCUGUAUAGUGUGGAUGUUGCCCCGUGAUGGUGCUGUUAAUUGCACUAGUAAGUGCUGUAAAGAUGAUUGCAGUCUAAUAUUGUACAUAAUAAAAAAAAAGUUUACGUUGCAA